GGACACUGUUGUUAUAAACGUCACGAGAACAUGCGUACCCCAAAAAAUGUACGUAAAACUCUUUCCGGUCAAAAAAGAAGACACUAAACGGAUUCUUCAAACGAAAAUAAUUUUAAUAAGAAUAUGACCAAUCAAGUAUUGAGACGCCAUGCUCUGCGACUUGGACGUUCAAUUGUAUCGCUGAACAGACAGAUCAGUUAUUGUUCACAAAAAGUGAAAUUAUUUCAGAUGUCAGAAACAGUUCAAAAGUCAUCACAAUGUGCAUUUCAAGAUUUUUCACGACAUAUGUCAACAGAACCAAAGUUUGAAGCAUUUAAUGUACAGGAUACAGAUGAUUUUAAACACAGAGUUCUGGAAAGUUCUACACCAGUAAUAGUAGAUUUCCAUGCCACUUGGUGUGGACCCUGUAAAUUGUUAGGUCCAAGGCUUGAGUCCAUUAUAGCAUCUAGUGCAGGAAAAGUGCAUUUAGCCAAAGUAGAUGUUGAUGACAAUGCAGAAAUAGCUAUGGAUUAUAAAGUGCAGUCAGUUCCAACAGUUUUAGGAAUUAGAAAUGGGAAAGUUCUUGACCAGUUUAUUGGACUACAGGAUGAUGAUCAAAUCAAAACAUUUGUAGAGAAAUUAGUUAACUAAUCCAAUGUGAUAACAGAUAAACAGUAACAGAAGUGUAAUAUUGUCACAGAUAUACAUACAGAAUUAAUUGGAUCACAGCCCUUGUUUUAAGCACUGUAUGAAGUAUAUUGUCUUUAUGCUUGAAAUUUAUUGAGUCUAUUUCUUAAAAAAAGCACCAAAAACUAUAGACCUUAUAUCUAAUUUCCUUCCAUUGCUGGACAUUUCUAAAGUUCCUGUAAAAUUGUGACUUCACAAGAGAAAACUUCUGACACUUCAAACGAAAAGAGGUUGUAGCAUGUCAUCAACAGUUCAAGUGUGGCAGAUUCCCCAAUAGCAAUAAGGUCUAAAUUAACCCACUAAAAACUAUUUUAUAUAAAACAAUAAAAUAUUAUAUAUACAUACUA